GCUUACUUUUGUGUUUUCCUUUUUAGUCCUUCUGGAAAGCUUGUUCAGAUUGAGUAUGCUUUGGCUGCAGUGGCUGCAGGAGCUCCAUCGGUUGGGAUUAAAGCUGCAAAUGGAGUGGUGUUGGCAACUGAGAAGAAGCAGAAAUCCAUUCUUUAUGAUGAAAGGAGUGUCCACAAAGUAGAACCAAUUACCAAACAUAUAGGUUUAGUGUACAGCGGUAUGGGUCCAGAUUACAGAGUACUUGUGCACAGAGCUCGGAAGCUGGCCCAGCAAUAUUACUUGGUUUAUCACGAGCCCAUUCCAACAGCACAGCUAGUACAGAGAAUUGCUUCUGUGAUGCAGGAAUACACACAAUCUGGUGGUGUUCGUCCGUUUGGUGUAUCACUACUAAUAUGUGGCUGGAAUGAAGGGCGACCUUAUUUAUUUCAGUCAGAUCCGUCUGGAGCUUACUUUGCAUGGAAAGCAACAGCAAUGGGAAAAAAUUACGUCAAUGGGAAAACAUUCCUUGAGAAAAGAUACAAUGAAGACUUGGAGCUUGAAGAUGCCAUUCAUACAGCUAUCUUAACACUAAAGGAGAGCUUUGAAGGGCAAAUGACGGAAGACAACAUUGAAGUUGGCAUCUGUAAUGAGGCUGGUUUUAGGAGGCUUACUCCAACUGAAGUUAAGGACUACUUGGCUGCAAUAGCCUAGUAGAAACCGAGCAAGACUGUGUGACUCACACAAAGGUCUUUUUAAUUUUGGCUCCUUAAAAGUUUUUGUUUGCAGUUUCUGCAUACUUAUUUCUACAUGGUUUGUCUGAGAGAUUUUUUUAAAAUAUCAUGGGUACAAAUGCAACAGUCCUAAUCUUGUAAUACAUGGAAUCUUACUACAGGUAACUCUUU